AUGGAGCAGUAUACCACCACCACAACGACGAGUGGGGAACAGAUAGUGGUACAGGCAGCUAGUGGACAGAUUCAACAGCAGGGCGCUGUGACUGCAGUCCAGCUGCAGACUGAGCCCCAGGUUGUCCAGGCUGCAGGUCAGCAGGUGCAGACACUCCAGGUAGUCCAAGGCCAGCCGUUGAUGGUGCAGGUUAGCGGGGGCCAACUCAUCACAUCCUCUGGCCAACCCAUAAUGGUCCAGGCAAUGCCAGCGGGCCAGGGCCAGACUAUCAUGCAGGUCCCAGUGUCUGGUACACAGGGACUUCAGCAGAUCCAGUUGGUGCAGCCAGGUCAGAUCCAGCUCCCUAGUGGACAGACUCUACAGGUUCAGGGUCAGCAGGGGCAGACCCAGCAAAUUAUCAUCCAGCAGCCCCAGACUGCAGUUACUGCAGGACAGAACCAGGGCCAGCAGCAGAUCACAGUACAGGGACAGCAGGUGGCUCAAACUGCUGAGGGACAGACCAUCGUUUACCAGCCAGUUAAUGCUGAUGGCACUAUUCUACAGCAGGGAAUGAUCACCAUACCUGCUGCCAGUCUGGCAGGAGCCCAGAUUGUACAGGCUGGAUCCAACACAAACACAACCAACAGUGGACAAGGAACAGUGACUGUCACACUGCCUGUGACUGGCAACAUUGUGAAUGCAGGAGGCAUGGUCAUGAUGGUUCCAGGCAGCGGUUCUGUUCCCACAAUGCAGCGGAUUCCCCUUCCCGGGGCAGAAAUGCUGGAGGAAGAGCCUCUUUACGUCAAUGCCAAACAGUACCAUCGUAUUCUCAAAAGGAGGCAAGCACGUGCCAAACUAGAGGCUGAGGGCAAGAUCCCUAAGGAAAGGAGGAAAUACCUUCACGAGUCUCGCCACCGUCAUGCCAUGGCGAGGAAGCGGGGCGAUGGCGGGCGCUUCUUCUCACCGAAGGAAAAGGAGGAGGGGGCACAACCCAUGCAGGUGAGCAGGGGGCAGGGUCUGCCUAAACAGGAUGACAUGUUUAGGGGGCUGGAGCUCAGCUCUAAUUGGCCGUCCACCUCUGCUCCGCCCCUUGGCUAA